AUGGAACAUAAAAAAUGUUUGGAAAAGCUUUUUAAAGAUAUGCAAAAAAUACUUCAAGAUAAACAAGAAAACCUAAAUUUAAUUGAAAAACAAUACCAAGACGAAAAAAAUGAAUAUGCGAAUUUAUUGAAAACUAAUUUUUUAAAGGAAUGUGAAACUACACCGGAACAGUUAUUUUUAAAGCUUCAAUCCCUUGACCUGCUUAUCAUUUCUUUCAUGAAAACUAUUGAAAAAAUUAAUAGUAAAUACUCAAUGAAAAAUAUCGAAGAAACUUUGUGUGAAAAUUCAUCAGUCUUUUUGCAACACAAUAAGUUUGCGAAAGUAAAGGUUUUUGAGGAGUUAGUUGCAGAAAAACAGGUUUUAUUAGACAAAAUUUCCUGCCUUAAAUUUGAAUUUGAGAGACUAGAUGAAGCAUUUGAAAAAUCUGCAAAUAGUCAGGAAAAUAAGAUUAAAGAUUUUCUAGCAAUUUCAGAAGUUAUUAAAAAUUUUAUAAAUAAUUCUGGGGAUCAAAAGAGUUUAUCACAAAAGUUAUCCCAAAAAAAGGCCAUAUUAAAAAGUCUUGAUGACGAACAAAAAACCAUGGAGAACUAAGACCUUUGCAGAACAUAUGUCCAUGUAACCUUAAAUUCAGUGAAAUAAGUUACCUUCGUUAUAAAAAGUUAUUUCUAAAAAAGUUUUCUUUGAUUUUACCUAGUUACAUGAUUAUUCUUUUCUCUAGAUAGAUUUAAUAUAA